AUGACGAACGCUGCCAAGGAAUAUUCAGCAUUAAUCAAAGAGCAACGACAGCUAAAAAAGGCCGAAAGCACCCUCAUAGCCAUGAUUGAUAAAAUCAACCAAGAGCUAAACCAGUUGGUUGUUGAGGAGCUACAACUCAAAUCUCGUGAUGCACAACUGAGCGUGAAAGCUACCCGCAGCCAAGUGGACGUUGCCACCUGUAGUACCGCGGAAAUCAACCAGCAAGUACUAAAUUUGGAUGUGCAGGAUAAUCGAUUUAAGAAAUCCUUGGAGGAAUCGGAAGACGAACUUUAGCAUGUUUCUUAUUUCACAAGACACGGAUGUUUCAUUUUUUAUAUGGAUAUUCUUAGCAAUUAAAACAACGUUCUAUUUAUAGUUGAACUAAAUAAACACGUUUACUUAUGAAUUUAACUGUAAUCCUUUCAAGCAACAAGCCUUUCACUGGG